GGCUAUCAUCAGCGCCCAGACAUGCUUUUUAUACCUUGACGAACGCGUUGUUCGAAUUGAUAUCUCUUCUUCCCCGCGACGCGACACCCUGCCUUCUCUUGUCACGUCUAUCUUCAUCCCGACCUCGCGCGAACUGGUCAUGGCGAUGCGUCCUACGUCGCGUCCGCCUGUCGGCUCCUCGGCAUGGUGCGCUGAUGAGAGGUCCUCCGCCCUUGACAUCACACAAUCCGAGGUAGAAGAGUUUAGCUAUUCGGCAAGAAACGAGGUCGAGUGGCUAAAUGAGCACAUGGCCGAUAUCUUCUCUGAGAACCAGAUCAACGUGGCCGAGAUUUUCAAAACCCCAGGAAAGCUUCGUGGCAAGACCCCUCACACCACCCGCAAGCUAUAUCACAAUGAAAACAGAGUGCCACUAUCUGACAUCUUUUCCGCAACGCCCAAGGGAGCUCCUAAUCCUUUCACAACAUCGAAUUUGCUUCAGGCUAGGACGCCGAACUUCAAGAUCGCCGAGGACGAACCGGGCAGCCCAGCAAGGCCCACAUCGAUAACACGAAAACCUGUCCCUGCCGAGCCUGCGCCUUCAGAACAGCGUGUCCUUGCUGAUUCUGGUUAUUAUGGGAGCCAGAGCCAGGAUGUCGCGAUAGACUUUGAUGAGGUCAUGGAGGAUG